CUAGUACUAGGUACUGUUUAGCGGAUAUGGCGGAUUCGUGGUCUGUGCUGUUUAGCAUUUGCUGUGCAUUUGCUUGUGCGUAUAACUUUUGCUCGAAUAUGGAUCGAAUGUUAUGUCGAGCUUGACAUUCAACUCAAAACACUAAGCCUUGAAAGAAAAUGCAGUGUUGUGUGCCUUUCUGCAAAAGAACUUCCGACAAUGUAUCAACAUCGGACGGAGAAGGGAAAGCGAUUAGUUUUCAUGGUUUUCCCCUUGAAAUGCAUCUCCGUACUGCCUGGCUUAGAGCCCUCGGCAAACAAGACAACCUUCCAGACUCUGCUGUGGUCUGCUCACAACAUUUUCUAAGUGAUGACAUUUAUGAAACAGAAAGUGGCUCAAGGCAAAUAUGUGCCGGUGCUAUUCCUUCCACAGUGCAGGUUUGCAUGAUAUGCCUAGACACUGACAGCAAGCUGUUACUAAUGAGUAAACUGAAAUUGGAUGAAGCAUAUGAGAAGUUAACCGGAGAGCCUUUGUGUGAUCAAGGAAAACUAAAACAGACACUUUGCGUACAAUGUGCUCAUAGAUUGAUAAACUUCAGUAGAUUUAGAGACAUGAGCUUGAGAGCCCGUGCACUGAUGAUGGACUUAGUUGAGAAACAUGAAUCAGUGAGUACUUAA